AAAAGUUUAAGCCGCCAUAAAAAUUUUCUUUUUUUGAUUUAAUGAAAAGAACAAGUUGGCAUAAUCUAGCUAGAUCUAGACUUCUAGAUCUAGAUCUAGAUUUAGAUAUAGACUAGAAAUCAAGCAAUAUAGUAGAAUUUAUUCUCGUUUUUAAAAAAAGAAUACAAUUUCUAGCAGAAGAAACUUACAAUGUCGCUAGGUACUUCAGUUGAUAUCAUACCUUUGAGUAAGUAUAGCGAGGAAGAUGUUUCUAUACCUUUACUGAGGUUAACCAAGAAGGAAAAUGUUGAUCCUUUGAAAGACACUAUCUCAUAUUCAGACAAUUUGGAUAAUCAAUCAAAUGAAACAGAAUCAAGUGGGCCAGUGUUAAGGAAGGAUAAAUUAAGUUUACCCAAUUCAUCAGUUGAUAGAUCAGCUCGUCUUACUCUAUCAAAUUUUAUUUCAGCACAUGCUAGUUCAAUGGAUGCAGAUGACCUAAGGCUUUUAAUUGUGAAUGAAUUACCUAGUUCCCAUAAAAGACGAUGCGCUAUUUAUGAACAAAGGUUAAGCAUGCACAGAGUAUCAGUGAGGCCACAAUCAAAUGCCUAUAGGAAUAUUAAUCAAGAUAAUGAUCUUAUACAUGGUCUAGCAGAUUCUAUUGUCAAUAAAAAUGAUUUAAACAUCCCAACUUUCAACAAUCGGAAAAGAUUAUCAACUGUCCAUGAUAGUCACCAAGAUUAUUCCCUUCGAAACCGCAUUACUUCACUGCGAGAUAUUAGAAAUAGUGCCAUCCGAAGUACAUCAGUUGAUGUAGCACAUAAUACAGAUGAUGAUGACAGCUCACUCCAAUAUGAGUUUGUUCCUGUCAAAACGGGACAAGACACAGUAGAUAGCACCCGUCACCUGUUGACUUAUCCUAAGAGGAUUGUUAAGGGUCUUCGUGCAUCUGCUGAAAAUGUGAGUGAUUUUUGGCACAGGCUCAAUUUUUGGACUCAACAAUUCAGAGAGAUAGAAGGUCAUUUUGGAAUAGCAACAUCAACUUAUUUCCGCUUCACCAGGUGGCUUGUGAAUAUCAACUUCAUUGUGUUUUUCCUCUACCUGUGCUUCAUCUACAUCCCUCAGCUGACCUACAGUGACCAGGAGAGUGAGAUUCAUUUGCUGCCCAACACCAGUGACAACUACUUCCACAACAACAUGGUCAGAUGUAGCAGGGCAUACAAAGAAAAAUCCUACAAUGUUUCCAGUAGGAAAAGUGUUUGGAUGAUAUUUCUUGAUAUAGCACAGGGAACAGGCAGGCUACAGAAUACAAUGUUGUUCUAUGGCUACUACACGAAUCUGACAUUUAAAAUCAUCCAGGACCCAUGGACCACACAUGAAGUCAAAUACAACAUGGGGCUAAGCUACAUGUUGACUGUUGGUUUCAGCUUCAUCGUUGUCUUCAUUAUGAUUGUUAAAAACUCCAGUUCUACCAUUAAAGAAUCUGUGAUGGACUUUGAUAACAAAGCUUUUCCCUUGUACACCAACUCGGUAUUUGGUGGAUGGGACUACUGUAUCAAUAGUGAAAAAAUGGCAGUUUACAAGCAGAGAAUGAUCUACAAUGAGUUUAAGACAACAAUUCAAGAGUUUGCCUCAAGAAAGAAACGAGAAGGCCGGUCAAGACAAGAGAAAACUCGGCUUAUAGUGAAGAGAACUGUGAUCAAUAUUCUGGUCCUGGUGUUACUUGCUGGAUCAUUCUACACCAUUUACAUCACUACAGACUUCUUGCUGCGGAAACAAAAUGAACAUUUGAGUGAUAUCUUGUACCUCCUGUUGAAUUACCUGCCGUCCAUAGUCAUAUCCUUCCUCAAUGUUGCUGUUCCUGAAAUAUUCCUGGCACUCUCUGCUGUUGAGGAGUAUUCACACAGUUUUGCCACCCAUAUAACAAUAGUACGAGCAGUAUUUCUGCGGCUGUCUAGCGUUUGGGUACUCAUAACAUCAGUGUACUAUCGUCUCCAGCAAAAAGCAAGAAAGCCUUAUGACUGUCCACAGGAAAACAAGGUGAACGUUACACGGUGCUGUGGCAACACACUGUGGGAGUCAGCCUGGGAAAAUGACAAACAGGAGCGAGGCAUGGUGCCAUGCUGGGAAAGCUAUGUUGGUCAACAGUUUUACAAACUAUGCAUCACAGAUUUUAUAUCAGUCACAAUGAUUGUUUUUGUUAUCAAAAUACCUCGCAGGAUAAUCCACCACAAUUUACACAACAAAGUAUGGAUAGUACAGAAGCUGGGCAGAGCCAAGUUUGACCUACCUCUUCAGGUGCUGGAUAUUGUAUACUCUCAGUCUGUCUGCUGGAUGGGGAUGUUCUUCACACCAAUACUUCCUGCCCUAACAUUCCUCAAAGUAUUUUUUUUCUUCUUUUUAAAAAAGUUUGAGCUUCUCAAUGUAACAGAAACUCCUAAAAUAGCUUACCGAGCCUCACGAUCAUAUUCAUUUUUCCAGUCUGUUCUACUGGUGUCUUUUAUAACAAUUUCAUGUUUGUUAGGAUACAUGAUUAGCAAUCUACAGCCUUCCAAGAGUUGCGGUCCUUUUAAGAUGUAUUCUUGUGAGCAAUUCGUCAUGUUUGAUGUCAUCACCAACGAGAUCAACUCCUGGCCUGACCUACCUAAAGGCAUUGUCACCUACUUUGGGACGGUUGGAUUCUUUAUUCCUGCUUUUAUUAUUGUUCUACUCGCUAUCUACUACUACAUGGCCAUGACAGCAGGCUAUAAAAAGAUGGAAGAACUCCUCAAGGAUCAGCUCAGAUCUGAGGCAUUUGACAAGCAGUUCUUGCUAGCUAGAGUGGAUGAAAUGAUCAGGAAAAAACAGGAGCGGUACCAGGAGUCUGAAUCUAUGCAGUCUAGCAAGUGAACCUGUCUAGCUCUCUCAUGUACUCACACACGUGUGCUAGCUGAUGUGUGUACACAGGCUAGCUGAUGUGUGGACACAGGCUAGCUGGUGUGUGGACACAGGCUAGCUGAUGUGUGGACACAGGCUAGCUGGUGUGUGGACACAGGCUAGCUGGUGUGUGGACACAGGCUAGCUGGUGUGUGGGCAUAGGCUAGCUGAUGUGUGGGCACAGGCUAGCUGGUGUGUGGGCAUAGGCUAGCUGAUGUGUGGGCACAGGCUAGCUGGUGUGUGGGCAUAGGCUAGCUGAUGUGUGGGCACAGGCUAGCUGGUGUGUGGACACAGGCUAGCUGGUGUGUGGGCACAGGCUAGCUAAUGUGUGGACACAGGCUAGCUGAUGUGUGGGCCCAACUGUGUUAAAAAAUAUAUUUAAAAAAAUAAAUAAUUCAUUAUUUGUAGGUUUUGUGAUAUAAAUAUGUAAAAAGAA